GCGAGAGCGCGCGAGGGACGCGGAGCUUUCUCGGGAGAGAGGACUGGCGACAUAACGACGAUGGCGACGAUAUCGGCGACUACGACGACAACGUCGACAACGUCAACGGCGACGGCGAGGAGCAGCGCGACAGCGAUGGCGACCGAGCCGAGGAAAUCGUAUCACGAGCUGUGUCGCCUGUGCGCUUCCUACGACGCCGUUAGGAUGCACAUAUUCGGCCGGGAGGGCCAGAAUCGCCAGCUCGUCGACAAGAUCCAAACGUGCUUGCCGUUCAAGAUAAUGGAAGAUGAUUGUUUGCCAAAAGUCCUGUGUUAUCGAUGUAUGUACAACUUGGAAAAUUUUUAUGACUUUAGGACUGCGUGUGUUAACGCAGCUGCAUGGUUGGAAAGAAAUAGGCCAAAAGAAGGCGCGAGCGAUGACGGCGCAAAUGACGGCGCGCAAUCCGGCGAGGCGCACGCGGAGCUUCUUAAAGGGAAGGAAAAUAUGCCAGUACUUAUCCCGGAGGCGCCCGUAGUCAAUCCCAAUGCGGCAUUGGGUACACCACCGAGAUUAAACUCGGACGGUGAAGCGGAUCCCGAGAUCGAAGAGAUUCUCGAUACAAGUGAAGGUACGGACGAAGCCACGGUGAUCGACGAUUCGGAGGAUCGGCGAUCGGAGUACGAGAUGGCAUAUGAAAUGGACAUGGAGACGAAUCCCAGCGACUUCUUGGAAAUGACCCCGAUGGUGACCGAGGAAAACGAAGAGGAGUGCAGCGCGAAUAGCACGGGUGCCGCGACUGCGCAAGAUACCGCGGCCUUUCCACACACGUCGCAACAACACGAAGUCUACGUCUGUUCUCUGUGUAACAAAGCGUUCAGUUCCAAGGGUCACCUCUCUCUGCACGCGAGGAUUCACGUGGGUGAGGGUGAUGUGGUCGGCGAGAGAGUAAUCACCGACGACCACACCUCGUACCAACGACCGUAUCAAUGUGAUCUUUGUCAUAAAUCGUAUUCUACUGCGAAGCAUCGUUGGGGACACGUUUCCACGACGCAUCGGGGACAUCCUGCAGUAACAUGUGCGUACUGUUCCCGCAUAUACUCGACGCGAUACAAUCUCGAUGAACAUAUAAAGUCGCGACACGCUGGUCUACCGCCACCUCCGGAAUUGUCGGUUCCCCUCACCCGCACGGAAACUCGUUACCAGUGCCAAACGUGCCCGAUGGUGUACACGGAUCUAGCAGAUUUCAAUGCGCAUCGGCAGAUAUGCAUCCAGGAGCAACGUACCGAUUUGCUGGGGCAAACCGAGGCGCAGAACAACAAGAUCUUCGCCGACACGUCCGACGUCUCGAGUGUAGAUUCGGACGACGAGAACAAAGACUUCAGGAAUGCCGAGGCUAAAUUGGCGAAGAAUCCGCAGUUAACUAUAUUGAAACAGGCGCUGACUAAAGGGGACAGUUUGAAACGGAAUUACGACGAUGACGGCUGGACAUCCAGCGGCAAGCCGAAAAAAAUUAUUAAGUCAGAAGAGGGCGAGACAAAUCUUCAGAAGAGAUGGUAUUGUGAAGCUUGUCCGCAAAGUUUUACAUCGGUGGACAAUUUGAAAGAGCACGAGAUGAGGCACGAUGCCGAGAAGCCAUUUAUUUGCAUACUAUGCAAGAAGGAUUUUGUUUUGAAGUCCUCAUUGACGAGGCACAUCACGGUGUCGCAUGGCGUUGAUCCUACUCCUAUCAUCGACAGCGAUAAGUGUCUAAAGACAACGGUAAUGCCUCAGAGUUGGAACGAUCGAGUGGACGUCAGUGUUUAUGAGCAAAAUGAAAUAAAAGAACCACCGGAGAUAAUACCCUCGUCGCCUGAGAUAAACUUAGAGAACAAUCACGAGAAUAUAGAAAUCGAAACGGUAUUUGUGUGUGAGACUUGUAAGCGUGACUUUAACGAUCGAGCGUCAUUGUGGCUGCACAUACGAGCGAUGCAUAAGGAGUAUGCUGCAUUUACCUGUGGAGUGUGUUUAAAGAUGUGCUUUAAUAAUACGCAACUUCAAAAUCAUGUCUAUAUGUAUCACGGAAGGUCUAAGCUUUUAAUUUCGGAACAAAGAAGGUACAGUUGUACAAUAUGCGGUAGACAGCAUGACUCAAGGAAAAAGUUAAUCACUCAUGUCUCGAUACAUAAUAUCGAUCCUGCCUUUGAUCCUGCAAGUUUUGUACAAUUAAAUAGCAAUUACUAUAAUGAAAAUUUAAACGGUAACGAAGGAAAUGAACAAGUAUUAGAUUUCGACGGAGAAGAUGGCGAGAAGGUCGACUGUUACAUUUGCUAUAAAUCUUUUCCGACUGAGGAUCAUCUUAUACGACAUCAGAGAAAUGCUCACAAGUCUGACCAGAUAGUCUCGUUAGGAGACGCCGCGGGUAGUGGAAAUACUCUGAGUGUCAAUGGUAAUGGCAAUAGGGCGCAGUACCAUUUGUUUUUUGUUUGCGAGGUAUGCGGUAGUUCACACUCGAGUAAAUGGGAACGCUGGCUGCAUAUCAACAACACGCAUAACAACGAAUCCUCUAUCAAAUGCGAAUGGGAGAACUGCGGAAAGAUAUUUGCGACGAAAUCGUUGCGCAAUGAGCACCUCCAACAUCACGCGGUACAAGGACCCUCGCCGAACACCUGCGAGAUAUGCGGCAAAUUAUGGCCUACUCGCGUCGACUAUUGGAAGCACGUGAUGGGCGUGCACGCGGACACAGUGCCUCUAAUUUGUGGGGUUUGCCUGAAAGUAUUUUCCGACGUUAUGCAAUUGAGCGCACACGUGAAGGCGAAACAUUGGCCGCUGACCAGCGGUGAUUUCUGUUGUGAUAUUUGCGGUAGACCGUAUUCCAAUAAAUCGAAGAUGUCCCGGCACAGAAAGAUCCACGGCUUGGAGGCGGCUAUGGACGCGGCCGCGUGCGACAACAGCAGCUUCAACGAGACGACCAACGAAUCGGCGAAGCCCGAUUACAGUAACGGCGCGUCGGAAAUCGAGUUGAGCUGCGACCAGUGCCCCGAGCUCAGCUUCACGACGCUGGACAGCUUGUGUAAUCACCGGCGGAUAGCGCACAAUCUCUUCCCGUGCGACCUGUGCAACAAGUGCUACGGAAGAACGUCACACCUGUGGAAACACGUGAACAGGGUGCACAAAGGUCACGCGGACGUGACCUGUCCUUACUGCUCGAAGACGAGCGCGUCGAGGGAUCAUCUGGCGGCGCACAUCGCCAAGAUUCACAGGUUCAUGCCCGCGAUGGGCAAGGACAGCCAGAACUGCGUCACCUCCAAGUCCCUGAAUUCGGAGGACGGUGCCUUGCAUUACUGCGAGAAGUGUAACAAGGGAUUUCACAAGCGCUACCUGCUCCGCCGUCACAUGAAAGGCUGUCAGAACUAUCGCAAGGACCCCGGGGCGUUGCUGACGCGUUGCCGGGCCUGCGAGAGGAUAUUCAAGGAUCGCGCGAGUCUGCAGAAGCAUAUCGAGAAUCACCACAGCACGUACACUUGCCACCUGUGCGACGAGACGAUCACCUCCAAGCUGGGCAUUAUGACGCACAAUCGCGUCAAUCACAUGGACCACCCGGAUCUGACGUGCGACCAUCCGAGCUGCAAGAAACUCUUCCGCACCAAGGAAGAUCUGGAGUCUCAUCGAAAGGAUCACAAGUACCACAGCAAUCCGAACGUUUGCGACUUUUGCGGCGACACCGUGGAGAAUAAGCUGAAACUGAAGAUGCACGUGUUGUCGUUGCACCGAAACGAGAUCGGCGUGUCCUGCGGCGUCUGCCUCAUUCCCAUGAAGGACCCCAAGGAUCUGAAGAAGCACGUCGAGGCGACGCACAGCAGCGUUCUGUCCAAUCCGAACACGUGCCAGGUGUGCGGUAAGCAGUACGCGUCCAAGUGGAAGGCCUUCGACCACACCAAGAAGUGUCACGGCAAGGUUUUCCUCACGUGCAAACAGUGUCUAGCGGUUUUCACGGACGAGAACGACAUACGCGAUCACUACGAGCACGUGCACAACGUUCCGAAGGACCAGUUAGCCAUGUUCGAGUAUAAAAUGGACAUUGGCGCGAAGAGGGAGGGCUACGAGACGCCCGAUAUCAUUGUGAAGGAGGAAACGGACGACUUGGAGUUCGACGAGGAGAUGUGCGACGAGAGCUCGAACGACUCGCGCAAACGUAGGAGAUCGCCAAACGACACGUACGACUGCGAGAUGUGUCCCGAGAUCUUUCUCAAUUCGGACCUUCUCUCCAAGCAUUAUCAGAACGUCCACAACACCGAUCCCGUGCGUAUGUUCAAGAAAUUCAAGAAGGACAACGGCGACAGCAAGCGCAAGAUGAGAAACAGAAACAACUUCGAGUGCAAGAAUUGCAAGAAGCAGUUCUCCACCAAGACCCUGUUCUGGAAUCACAUUAAUCUGUGCACGCGGCGAAAUUCGAUAGGUAGAUUCGAUCCGAAUAACAUCCCCACGUCAAUUCUGGAGAGUCAUCUGAAAAAUAAUAAUCAGAUUCAGCGAGAGGAACCGCUCACGACGAACGAGUCCAACUUGAACAUUCCCGACUUCAAUCUGUUCGAGGACAUUAAUUUGCAACUGUCCGCCCAGAAGCCUGUGCCGAAUCUUAUGCCAUUGUCGCAGAUGAAGGCGGCAGGCAACGGCAAAUGCUCGAGGAAAGACUCGCGCAAGGUGUACGACGAAUCGACCAAUACCGAGUGCACUUGCGAAGUCUGCGGUAAGCAAUGGCCCGCCAAGAAGCAUUUGUGGCAGCAUCUGAUUCGUUUUCAUCGCGCCGAAGCCGCCGUCACGUGCGGCGUAUGCUUGAAGCUGUGCACGUCUUAUCAGGACCUGGCCGAUCACCUAAAGGCCGAGCACGCCCCUGUUCUGUCACCGGAGGGCAACAAUUUCACCUGCAAGACGUGCGGCCGGUAUCACAACGCGAGAAGCAAGUUGCUGUUGCACAUGAGCAUCCACAUCGGGAACUUCCGGUGUCAGAAGUGCGAGCAAGGUUUCACGAGUGAGGACAAGCUCACCGAGCACGUGACGAACUGCACUGGCAAAUCGGAGUUCGAGGAUCACACGGUGGCGGACGAGGAUAACGCGAAGAACGCGGACAACGACGAGAAAGGCAGUUUGAUCGCCGACGAGACGUCGGUCAUCGAGGAAGCGGAGGAGGCGGAGGAGGCGGAUUUCGAGUCGGAAGGCAGCAAGGAUAUCCACGAUGAAGACAAUUCGGAGAAUAGCGAUGAAGACAACUCGGAAAACAGCGACGAUUCGGACAGCGAUAGUAAUAGUAGUUCGAGCGAGGAUGAAAACGAGAACGAGGAAGGGGAGGAGGAAGAGGAGAACGAAAACGAAAAUGAGUCUGAUACGAGAACUACUAGUAGGGCGAGUGGUGAUAGUGAGUCGUGUAAUUCCGACAGCGACGACGAAUCGGACAUGGAUGAGAGGUCAUGGACGGAAGUUAGCGGGACGGAAAAGAAAGCCGUACAAUUGAGCGACAUCAGUAGAUUCAGGAUACGCGGUGACGGUAUUCAAGAGGCCAUGCCGAUGGAGAUGAGUGUCAAGGAUCAGAAAAUCGAUCUUACCUCCGGUAUGUCCGUAGCGGCAGAACAGACUAAGCCAAGUAACGUGAACGAUUUUAUGAUUCCCGGUGCACCCGCGAACGUGGACAAAUUCGAGGCGUUUCGUCGCCAAGGGGAGUCCGCCAAAGCCGCGACGAGCGACGUAGACUCCGAUGACAAUGAGGACGAUGGCGACAACGAGGAAGAUGAUGAGGAAAAUAAUGAAAAUGAGGAAGAGGAGGAUGGCGAAGAAGAUGAGGAUGAAGGUGAGGGUGAAGAUGAAGGUGAGGCCGAGACCGAAAGCGAGGCUGAGAAUGAGGAUGAGGGCGAAGCCGCAGCCGAGCGAGAGGAGGAGGAAGAGGAAGAGGAGGAAGAGGAGGAGGAAAAUGAAGACGACGAUGAUGGGCCGCCUGUGUUGAGUCCAAUAAUGCCUUUGCUACCGGAAAACGAAUCUGAGGAGCACAGCGGCACGACCGAUCGCACGAGGCACAAGCUCAGCCCGAUGGUUUCGCUGGGUAUAGUUAAAGAGGAGUGCGAGAUAACCGAGAUACCAAACGACGCGGAGAACGCGUCGAACACGGCCAACUUCUUCGCGGCUAACAACAACGAUCUGCCCGUGACGUGGGACGACAAUUUGGAGGAUGACAACGGAUCCGACAAUGGCGAUUGCAACUCCGACGCCGGGGACGCGGAGAAGAGCGAGGAAUCCGGUAAGGAGUAUGUGAAGAUGGAAGUGAACGAGGGCGAUGAUGACUUCGAGGAGGACUCCGCGGAUGAGAAUGUGAUGGAUAACGGUGACAGGGAGGUUGACGGGGACAAUCAAGUGCACGAGAUGCACAAUCUGGACGGGACUGUGCUAAUGGUGGCAAACGACGCGGAUGGUAAUCAGAUUUUGAUAGAGCAAAAUGUGUUGGAUAUCGAUAACGACUCUAAUGCCGAAGCGGCGCAGUACAUUUACCCGGAGAACGCUUAUGAGAUCGAGGAGGAGGAGGAGGAAUACGCGACGCGAAACGAAACCGACGUCAUGCAGACGGACGAGAUGCAAGGUAGUAUGUCCUACAUUCAGGAUACCUCGGAGAACGAGGACAGUGACGUCGAGGAGAACAGUAGUGACGUGCAGAAACAGUAGGACACGAGUGCCAAAACACGCGCGCGCGCAGCCGGAGAUAGGAUAAUAAAUCUGUAAUAAAGUGUAAGAUAAUACGACUUGGAACUGAGAACUCCUCUUUGAGAAAGAAGAAACGACAUAUGUACCUUGAAAAAAAAAACGAAACUAUUGUAUAGUAGAGUAAGCUUGUAGCUUAUAGCUUUGGAGGAUUUUUGAUAGACUGCGUAAAAGCAAAAGAGGGGAGCGUGAAAGAGAGAGAGAGAGAGAGAGAGAGAGAGAGAAAAUUACAACGGAAAACAUCUCGUUUUUAUUGAUCUGCCAGGGGCUUUGCAUUCACGACUUACGCAAGCUUCCGAUUAAUCGUUUCGAAGAGUAAAUGCGAUUUUGAAUUAUUAGAUAUUGUAUUAUAUAUAUAAGGCGUUAUUUAGAUUAUUGUGAAAGCUACAAUUAACAGUAUCCUUUUUUUAGUUUCCGACGUCUACGAUUCGUUACGGAGUAUCCGUAUUAUUUAUAUCGGUGACACUUUUUUGACAAUAAUAUGCUCCGACUAUUCCCACCCUGUCUACGCGAAAUGCCAUCUGCUAAACAAUAGGUCACAAAAUUAUGAAUUUAUCAUUUAAUCCUGUCAUUAAAAAACGACGCUAGGCGGAAUCAAAAUCUACAAAUCCGUGUUACAAUCAAAUUUUUUUUUUUUAAUACAGUAAUUCUUCAAACGAUGGCUUCAAAUCACUUCUGAAAGCAGAAAGUUAGAAGCAUGCGUAACAACACAAAACAAAAAAUAGCCGAUGUGAAAAAGACGUUGAAUAAAACGUGUUAAUUUUAAUAUGCUUGCUAUUUUAUUUAUACGCGGUUACGCGCGUUGGCCCAAUUUCUCCAAUAAAAAUUUUACAAAUCUACUUCGUGUUUCUGUGUGCGAGUUUUAGUAGCGAGCAAUGACAGAACUAAACGUACUAAAGGUCGAACUAUUGAAAAUAGAUGCAUAAAGAAAAAAAAAACAGUCGGAUGUAUUAUAACAGAAAUAAAUCUAUAUCUGCGUUUUAUGUCAAGACAGAUUUAGCGUGUCCUAUCUUUUUAGGGAUUCUUUUUCUUAGCGUAGCGAAAAAGAAGCGAUAAUCGUGCACACUCGCUAUAUUUUUUAUGGAAGUGAAGAAAGAAAUAAAGGGAGUUAAUGUGAAUAAUAGCUUUAAAUGAUCAAUCUGUACAGUUACGUAAUUGCGAGCGUGUUUGUACGUGAGAGUGAGAGUGCGUGUGUGUAUGUCAAACGAUGCAGACGCGACUGAAGACUUAUACAUAUAUAUAUCUACUAUUAAAAAAAGAAAGCGUACCUCGAUUACAAAUAUUAACAAUUAGUUGAGAUUAAUACGAUGAGAUAAUUGCUUUGUAUUAUAAUUAUAUUAUAAUUUAACCGUCUUGCAGAUUUUCUCAAUUAUCCAGUCGAAUACUUUCAAUUAAGAAUCGCAACAUCAACGGGAGAAAGAAUCGUUGUAUUGUAUUUGGAUUGAGAUUUUUUUUAAUCUCGCAGUUUUUUUUUAUAAGCAUGUAGUGACGAAAAAGAUGCAAAAAAGGAUUUUUAAAGAUAGACGUCGUUUAUCUUUAUCGAUUUCUAACAUGUCAGCGAUCUCCGUUUUUUUUUCUUAUUUAUUAUAUUCAUUCCAAAGUAAUUUCUAAGAUACAUUAGGCUCUUUACGAAGGAUAAUCACUGAUUUGCCAUGCGUAUUAUGCGAUUAUAUGUGAACGAUCUACUUGAUAUUGCAGGGGGGGGGGAGGGGGGGUUAAAAUUUUGGAAUGUUGACGGGUCAUUUAGAAAAAUAUUUAAAUAUCGUAAAUAUGAAAAUUCAUGAUAUC